AUGGUGAUGCUAAUUGUAUCGAAAGCGUGGUUAACAUACCUGAAAAUGUGGAAACCUCUAGGUUUUGGGUCUCUACCUAUCCGCGACGUAUACGGGCUCAGCCAAAUAGAACCAUGUGCCAUCAUGAUUCUGUCAAAAGACUCGGUCACGGUAGCUGUUGAUGCAGUUGUAUACUUUCGCAUUUCUAACGCCACCAUCUCGGUGACAAACGUUGAGGAUGCUUCACGGUCAACUAAAUUGUUAGCACAGACUACACUUCGAAAUAUACUGGGAACAAGGACUCUCGCGGAAAUGUUGUCCGAUAGAGAGGCUAUUUCUCAUCAAAUGCAGAGCACUCUUGAUGAAGCGACAGAUCCUUGGGGUGUCAAGGUGGAACGUGUAGAAGUGAAAGACGUGCGUCUUCCGCUGCAGCUACAACGUGCAAUGGCAGCUGAAGCUGAGGCAACACGCGAAGCAGGAGCAAAGGUGAUUGCUGCGGAAGGUGAACAGAAAGCAUCUCAAGCCCUUCGUGAAGCAGCUGAAGUGCGAACGGAUUUUCCCGAGGUUCCAGCAGCGCGGAGCGAGUUGAAGAGGUGUCUUGACAAGAAGAAUCGAAAGCGAAGUGAAGGUCUAGAAAGGUCAACUGCAUAG